UCCUUGUUGCUACCCGGGAUGGACCUGCUGCCGAGAACUUCCAUUACAACCAGAGAGACAGUCUGCUUCCCUCCUACUCUGUCAGUGUCAAGGGAGACCGGCCUCAUGUUGGCCACAGGAAGGGGCCCAGAUAACCAUAAGGGUUACUCCUUUCCUUCCUAUAGUUUAACAGGGACAGCAAAACUGUAUAUUAAUGACGGUCACACAAAAGGGACAGUACUUGUCAAAGUACUGUGUAAACAGGGAGGUCAUUUAUGAAAGUGGGAACUGGUUAGAGAUCAGAGAUGGCCCCAGUCAUGGAGACCCGUGUAAUGUGCCUUGCCAGCCUCCUCACACACCCCUAAGUCAUCAGCUGACACAUGUUUGUAUAGUUUCCAAGACCCCUGGGUGGGGGAUUCCUGGUCUCGGUGGUUUUGGCUGCAGACCUUGGCACUGGCUCCUAGAGAUAGUGCUGGGCCCUUCUUAUCUCUUGGAACCUUCUUGAACUUGGGACUGCCCCAUCAGCAUGAUCCACAUUGACCCUCAGUAUUUAAGCCCCGUGUGUUCUCGGGGCUCACAUGAGUGCCGAGUCUCUGCAUGGGUAUUCUGCCUUGGGAAGCUGCUGGUACAGAGACGGGGGACCCAGGACUCAGCUGGCUUCUCCAUCUCCUUCCUCAACACUUGCUGUCCUCGACCGUGGCCCUCUGGCCCCCUCUGCUGACCAAUAGGAUUUCCUACUGGGACGCACAGAUGAAGUCCAAGGAAAAAGGGACUGCUGUGAGUUUGGUCUUUGUUGUCUCCUGGGUGGUUUCUGCCUGGGCAGUGCUGGGGGGCAGGAAGUGGAGAGUAGGCAGUUGAAGCUGGGAGGGAGCCACAGUGGUGUCCAGAGCGGAAUGGGUUCCUGGGACACAGUCUCGGAACAGAGGAAUUCCCUUAUUGAAGCUGGCUGACAUCUCCAGGCCAUUAUUGGGGAGUCUGGGUUGGAAGUGACUAUGCUUUCAGCCACUGAACAGGGAGAGAGGGUGAGAACUCUGAGAGGGACCCCUUCUGGGAGACUUGACUUCCAUUAUGAGCUGAAGUCGGGAGUUGGUGCAGCUGAGCCGCUGUGAGAGGGUUUCUGAUCACCGCGUACAUUUUUAGACACGGAAAUGGGAGGAACUGGUCAGUGCCUGUCUGGUGGGUGAACAGUUGUUUGUCCUAUAUUUUCCUGUGGCUUCUCACCCCCCUGCACACAGCUAAGCCGGUCACACUAGGGCAUUCUCCUACACACUGGGCUGGGGAGAGGUCCCUAGUCACCACCCGAUCCUCCCGCUGGAGGAUCCUGCCAGAUGGGAAAGAGUGGCCGUGCACCCUGGGGGAGGAGGAAAUCUAGAGCAAUCCGCCCCUAAUCCCUGACUGGACCUCACUCAGACUGGAGAUGGCGGCUUCGGAGCCUGGGAGUUCUGGCAUACCUGCUCUCAGACCCCGAUUCCCAACAGCCAGCCCGAUGCUGCCCAGGGACUGUGAGUGUGGGGGCCAGGCGCUGUCCUCUGACAGCUGGGGCCUUAAAGCUCCUGGCACCUCUUCGCCAGCACGGCUUUGGGAAACAGUAUCCACGCAGGGUGACAAGGGAGAUCUUGUGGCCCUGAGCCUCCCCUCGGGCCCUGGCCAUGGUGACACUGAUGGCCCCAUCAGCUUGGAUGUGCCAGAUGGAGCGCCCGACCCCCAGCGGACUAAAGCUGCCAUUGACCACCUGCACCAGAAGAUCCUGAAGAUCACCGAGCAGAUCAAGAUCGAGCAGGAGGCGCGGGACGAUAACGUGGCCGAGUACCUGAAGCUGGCCAACAAUGCGGAUAAGCAGCAGGUGUCGCGCAUCAAGCAGGUAUUUGAGAAGAAGAACCAGAAGUCAGCCCAGACCAUCGCCCAGCUGCACAAGAAGCUGGAGCACUACCGCCGGCGCCUGAAGGAGAUAGAGCAGAAUGGGCCCUCGCGGCAGCCCAAGGAUGUGCUGCGCGAUAUGCAGCAAGGGCUGAAGGACGUGGGCGCCAACAUGCGUGCGGGCAUCAGUGGCUUCGGGGGUGGCGUGGUGGAGGGCGUCAAGGGCAGUCUCUCUGGCCUCUCGCAAGCAACCCACACCGCAGUGGUGUCCAAGCCACGGGAGUUCGCCAGCCUCAUCCGCAACAAGUUCGGCAGCGCCGACAACAUCGCCCACCUGAAGGACCCUAUGGAAGAUGGGCCCCCUGAAGAGGCAGCCCGGGCGCUGAGCGGCAGCGCCACGUUAGUGUCCAGCCCCAAGUAUGGCAGUGACGAUGAGUGCUCCAGUGCCAGUGCCAGCUCGGCUGGGGCGGGCAGCAACUCGGGGGCUGGUCCGGGAGGUGCGCUGGGGAGCCCUAGAUCCAACACCCUCUACGGUGCCCCUGGGAAUCUGGACACUCUGCUGGAGGAGCUGCGGGAUAUAAAGGAGGGUCAGUCACACCUGGAGGACUCCAUGGAGGACUUGAAGACCCAGCUGCAGAGGGACUAUACCUACAUGACCCAGUGCCUGCAAGAAGAGCGCUACAGGUAUGAGAGGCUGGAGGAGCAGCUGAACGACCUGACUGAGCUCCACCAGAAUGAGAUGAGCAACCUGAAGCAGGAGCUAGCCAGCAUGGAGGAAAAGGUGGCCUACCAGUCCUACGAGAGGGCCCGAGACAUCCAGGAGGCCGUGGAGUCCUGCCUGACGCGUGUCACCAAGCUGGAGCUGCAGCAGCAGCAGCAGCAGGUGGUGCAGUUAGAAGGUGUGGAGAAUGCCAACGCACGCGCCCUGCUGGGCAAGUUCAUCAACGUGAUCCUGGCACUCAUGGCCGUGCUGCUGGUGUUUGUGUCCACCAUUGCCAACUUCAUCACGCCCCUCAUGAAGACACGCCUCCGCAUCACCAGCACCGCCCUCCUGCUCCUCAUCCUCUUCCUCCUCUGGAAACACUGGGACUCACUCACCUACCUCCUGGAGCACGUGCUGCUGCCCAGCUGAGCAGCUGCCCUCCCGCCCUGUGCUCUCCGGAUUCCAUUGGCCACACAUCUCCAGGAGGGCCUGGGACCCCCCGAGUCCCUUGGAUUUUGUCAUGUGUCCUGUGUGGCCUCUUGCCCACACUGCCCGCUGGGCAGCUGCUGCCUCUUCUCCGCCCUGCUCGUCUCACACCAUCUCUCUUUUGACCUGAAGGCUGCUGAGAGGGGGGAGGGGGUCCAGGCCGGAGGGAGUGGAGACACCAUGACCAAACGGAGCAGGGGAGGAUGCCAGGGCUGCAGUGUGUGAUUAUUUACAGUCACGUGAGACUUUGCUGGGCCGACCUGAGGCUGUCCUAGGUCAUGAAGGCCACUAUGAUAGAAGGCCAGUCUCAAUUUCCCUAAGGAAGAGCCCAUCCUGGGGGUAGCCACAGUUUCCUCCCAUGGAGAUGGCCUGGGUAUAGCCAGUGGGAGGCUGUGCUGACUGAGUACAGGAAGGGGAGGGUCCCCAGCCUCGGGGCCAGAGGGCAGCCAACUGGGAGCUCAGUCUACCCUUCCCCUGCUCCUCUCCUCACUGAGCUGAUGUGAGACUGGUUUCUGGAGGCUGGGUGAGGCGUGGCUUUGGAUUUGUGUUUUCCCUGCUCAUCUUUCUGCCUGUCACUGGGUGUACUGUUUUCUGAAAAACAGGCCCCAAGGGCCCUGAGCCUCUAGCCCAAACCCUUAGGUCUCUGGGAUCAAGUUGAGUUCUAUUUAUUUAUUUAUUGACUUAUUUAUUUGUUCCUACCUUUCCCUUGCUUCUGCCCAGCUAGGCUCCAGGGAGAGGCCCUGCCCAUCCUCUGUCUGAAGCCCAGGCUUAUUCUUGGCUCAUCACACUCCAGACCAUGUAUCCCCUGGUGUUUCUGGCUGGAAGAAGGGGUAUGUGGCUACCCACCCUGCUCUCCCAAGCAGCCCCACCAGAUGGGCAGGAGGAUCAUGGCCUCUUUUCUAUAUAUCUAUUUAUUUUAUACGUGUGUCUUUGUGGGGAAGAGGAUGUUUGUUGACUUACUCCUUUAAGGCUCUGGAGUGUUGUGUACAAUUCUGUACAGCCCAGCCUCCCCAUGGGCCCUUCCAAGCACAGUGGGGAUUUCUCAGAAUAGGAGAGAGGAACCCAUGAAGCAGUGCCUGCCAGCUGUGGUGGACCUUCCUGAGAAAUAAAUAUCCUCUACGUUUUCCAACCA